AUGGCCAGCACUCGCGACUCCCAUUCAUUCGCUUGCGAUGAAUGCCGUCUCCGAAAGUCGAGAUGCUCGAAAGAACGCCCAGUCUGCCUGCAAUGCCGGCAGUUGAACAAGGAGUGUAAAUACAGUCCGAAAGUGUCCAGAAGCCCUCUGACACGGCAACACUUGACAUAUGUCGAAGACCGUCUACAUUCAUUUGAAACAGCUCUGAGCAGGCUGUUCCCAGGUGGUGACCUGGAUGCCACCCUUCGUUCUCUUAUCCAGAACCCAGAACCUCCCAAGGCUCCUUCAUCAAAGUCAUCCUCGAGACACUCGACUCCGGCAAAGCCUGACGCUGAUCGGACAGAGCCAGCGCCGGAAGCCCUGCCUCAGCAGGCCGAUGGGUUUGACUGGGCAGAGAAAGAACUAACACUUGGUGACUUGACAGAUGGGAUGGCCGCAUUGUCCAUCAAGCCUGAAGGUGCCGGUUAUUUUGGUGCAUCGUCAAGUGUUGUGCCACUUCGAGCACUUUUUGACCAUGGCUUUGACUUGAACAUCCCUGUUCGUUCUGCAAGAUCUGGCGGUGUACCGCUCAAAGCACAGCUUUUGGAAAGCGCCCCGUCUGGUCUCAUUGAGCAAGCUUUCAUUGACGCCUAUUUCCUGAAUUACCACACCAGCUACCCAUUCGUUCACGAACCUACCUUUCGCGCUCAAUUCAAUGAGCCAUCUCUACGCCCGCAUGGCACCGCAUGGCAGAUUCUGCUAAACACCAUCUUAGCACUUGGCGCAUGGAGCAUUGGAGACGAUAGCUCUGAUCUCGACAUCACUUUUUAUCAAGAAGCCAGAAGUUGCCUUCAACAGGCAUCGGUUUUUGAAACCGGUAAUCUGACCUUGGUCCAAGCGUUGUUACUUCUUAGCAACUAUGCUCAAAAACGUAACAAACCCAACACGGGUUGGAAUUAUCUGGGAUUGGCCGUUCGAAUGGCGAUGAGUUUGGGUCUCCACAAAGAGUUCCCUGGGUGGAAGAUCAGUCUGCUACAGCGGGAGAUCCGCCGUAGACUAUGGUGGGGUGUCUUCAUUUUCGACAGUGGUGCCGCGAAAACCUUUGGAAGACCAAUUCUUCUUCCAGAAGAAAGCGUGAUGGAUGCCAAGCAAGUCUUGAAUAUCCAUGAUAACGCUUUGACACCAGCAACGAUUUCAUUGCCACCAGAAUCGCCGGGGCCGACUCUCUACUCCGGCUUGAUCGCCCAAGCCCAAUUUCACCUACUCACCAACAGCGUCUACCAGCGCCUGAUCUCCAGUCCCAGCAUUACACCGGAAGAAACACUGAAUCUGCAGAAACCCAUGGAUGAAUGGUACAAAGCCUUACCGUCGUAUAUGCACUAUCCACUACAACCAUUGUCUAUGCAACCAACACAACCAGACCCAGACAACCUUGCUCUUGUUCGCAACCGCCUCUUGUGGCGGAACUGGAACCUGAUCAUUCUGAUCUACCGACCCAUCUUGCUGCGUUGGGCUGCUCGGCGUUGGGGGCCGCAGAGUGGAGGUUCGGACGGGUCGUCUGUCAGUUCGGAUGGGGGAGCUGAAGACCCAUGUGAAACUGAAUGCCGUAUGCGCUGCCUUCAGAAUGCGCGGUUGACGAUUUCCUCCAUCUCUGAUUAUAUGGACAACUAUGUCUGCACCAGAAUCGGGGCAUGGUAUAUGCUGUACUUCCUCUUCCAGGCCGGCUUGAUCCCAAUGGUGUUCCUCAUGACAGAUCCGACAAACCCCGAAGCCCCAGGUUGGAUCCAGGAUAUCGAGACCACCAAAGCCCUCUUGAACCACCCAUCAUUCUGCAACAACCGCUUUGCUGCACGAUGCUCUGAAGUCAUCAACAGACUUCUAUGCCCACCCUCAGGUUCUGUCCCUGGCAUGCAGCCGGGCUCUCAGCAACCUAACCAACAACAAUAUCCUCAACAGCAACCGCCACAGAGUUUCAUGCCGUUCCCAGAACAUUUGUUCAGUGACCCUGGUUUCGGCGGAAUGUUUCCUGUGGAACAGACGAUGCCCAGCCCAGGAGGCAUGGACUUCUCUGAGUGGGUCAACUUCCCGACACAAGAGUGA